AGUCCAUUUAAACUUAUUUUAAACUCCAAAAUUGUUUCUUUUACUCCAACUCCAAAAUUUUGAUCCUAAAGAAUACUACCAGAAAAAUGGUGGACACCCAUCUGAACCAAAAUUCAGUCCAAGAUGUUUUGGACUAUGAUAGACAGAAAGAGCUGAAAGCCUUUGAUGAUACUAAGGCAGGUGUUAAAGGAAUUGUUGACUCUGGGAUAGUGAAAAUCCCUCCCAUAUUUGUGAUACCAACAGAUGAACUCUCAUGUGAGAAAUCAUAUUCAGGAUCAACCCACCUCCAGGUUCCAGUGAUAAACCUCAAAGACAUCCGUGAAGGCAGUGUUCAACGAAAACAAGUUGUUGAGAAAAUUCAGCAUGCUUCAGAGACAUGGGGGCUCUUCCAGAUUGUGAAUCAUGGGAUCCCUGAAGAUGUCCUGGAUGAUAUGAUCAAAGGAAUUCGCAGAUUUCAUGAACAACCAACUGAAGUAAAAAGGGAGUAUUACUCGCGUGAUGUACCAAAGAACGUGACUUUUUUGAGUAAUUAUCACCUUUAUAAGGCAAAAUUUGCUAACUGGAGAGAUACUUUGUCUUUUUCCAUGGCUCCUGUUGCUCCAAGUCCUGAAGAAUAUCCAGCAGUCUGCAGGGACAUUGUAAUCAGUUAUUCACAGCAAGUAAAGAGGCUGGGACUUACCCUCUUGGAGUUACUAUCCGAGGGCCUUGGGCUCAGAUCUAAUCAUCUGGCUGAGAUGGAGUGUGCUGGAGGACACAGCCUUGUCUGUCACUACUAUCCAGCAUGCCCUGAGCCUAACAGAACAAUGGGAACCAGUGAGCACACAGAUCCUGAUUUCUUCACUAUUCUUUUACAAGACCAAAUUGGAGGCCUACAAGCCCUUUACCAAAAUCAGUGGGUUGAUAUCCCUCCAGUGACAGGAGCUUUAGUGGUUAAUCUUGGGGACCUUUUUCAGCUUAUCUCAAAUGACAAGUUCAUAAGUGCGACACAUAGAGUCCUGGCCAACCAAGUAGGCCCUAGAAUAUCAGUGGCAUGUUUCUUCAGCAAUCAUAUGCAGAAGCAGAUGCAGCCAGUCAAUCGGCUUUAUGGUCCAAUAAAAGAGUUGUUAUCAGAUGACAAUCCUCCUUUAUACAGGGAAACAUCGGAGAAGGAAUAUGCUCUCUGCUAUGUCUCAAAAGGACUCGGCAACUCUGCACUUGAUCAUUUCAGACUGAGUUUUGGAAGGAAGAAAUUUAUGCCCGAAAUAUCUGCAAUUUGACAUUAAAUUUUCUUAAGUCCACCAAACCAAUCAAUGACAUGAGUUGGUUCGUGUUGUUCCAAGUAUUGUGCAUGUGUGUGUCUGUAUGAUUGUCUCUGAACCUUGAGAAUGUACCUACAGUUGGGUUGUAUAUUUAUUUAAAGUUUGCAUUCCGCAACAAAUAAACACACUAAUAUAGGAAAUUAUAAACUUUUUCUUUUUGCUAGGUAAA